AUGAGUUACUACAACUAUAAUUCGCCUCAAGAUUACAUUCCCACGGCCAACCAGCCGCCAUCCAUUCCUCCCAUUUCGUCCCUCGAUCCCAACCAACAAUACAUUCCCAGUGGAGAAGAUGUCAAACCCCAGCCCUAUUACCGACCGCAACCACCUAUAUAUGAAAACCAGCCCAAUCCAUUGGCUCAACAUCAACUUUCAUGGCAAAGACCUACCCAUAUGCCCAUGGACCAACACCAGUACUUAGCACCUCCCGCCCAACAAUUUAUACCUUACCAGUAUCCAGGGAUCCCUUACUACCCGUACAUGCAGCACAUGUAUCCUCGGCAACAAUCGUCUCCUCGCCAGCAUCUGGUGCCGGUCAGAGCUCCCAUGGUUUCGCAACCACUUGGUCGGCCGCAUCUCAAACAAGAAUCGUCACCAGCACCCAAAGGCGGCACUUUCAAGCCGAAAAAUACUAAACGUAACUCGAAGCCUCGGAUCCACAAGCUUUCCGGCGAUUUCAGAGCGGCAUGGAAAAAACUGAGGCUGCCUCACCUGGUGGGAGAAGCAUCGAUUGACGAUAUGCUCCGUCAUUUUCAAGACGCAUUGGCCAUUGACGUCCCGGAACCAUUCAUUCUUUACUUGAAGGUGGAGGAUAAGUUCGAGGCUAAAUUGCUCGAUUUGUUUGUCAACAAUUUGACUAAAAGUCUCGAUAUCUUUCUUCCCUGUGACAUGUUCCGCCUUGUGGUGCCUCAUGUGGCUCUCCUUGAUGAAACUCGUAUGAUUCUGGACUCCAUCUACUGCUUGGCUUCCAUGAUCCUCAAUAGGAUCAACCCAGAUAGUGUCGAUCCGUCUGUGACGAUUAAUUACUACCAUCAAUGUAUCAAGCUGAUUCGGUACCAUCUCAGCAUGCCAGGGGUUGAAACCAAUGAAUCUGGAAUCAUUGCCCGCUGUCUUUUGAGUACCAUCAUGUUAUGUGUCUACGAACUCUUCCUUGUGGCUGAAGACGCUACCUAUAUCAAAGGUGCAGCAAGUAUCUUCUCGUCGAUUUUGCGUAAGAAUAUGCAAGCUCAGAAACCUAGUCUCUUGAAAUCGUCCCCAUUCUACCAAGGGUUAUUCUGGGCCAUGAUACUUAGUGAUAUGGUUUUAUCAUUGAAAUAUGACUUGCCCACCAUGUAUCCUAUCGAUACGUUCUGGCGGCCAUUGGAUCCAGAGUAUUUUGACUGGUUUGAGUCAGCAACGUAUCCUGGCAACCUGGACGAUGAAUCGGUGAUGUCUCGUGAAGAAGAAGUGUGGUGGAUUCGCAGAAUGAUAUAUCUUCUGUGCUGUGUCCACGAUUUCCUCUUCCAACCAAUGGUGCUCACCAAAGAGGAAACAGAGUCGAAAAAAUGCUCGCAGAAAUGGCUCCAAUUAAAUCAAAGUGUCAAUGAGUUUGAAGCUAGUGUCCCCAUGGCUAUGAAACCAAUCAUUUGCAAACCAGCAUCUUCCAGCAGAAGGUACCCUGUAAUAUUUUUUGGUACCGAAGGUACUGCUAUUUUCAACUUGAACUUCAAGUUAUGCAAAAUAGCCUUACAUCAGUCUUUGCAAACGAGACUCGCAGAUGAUCCAGUUUUGUCCAGUCAAAUCAGUAAUUACACUCCCGACUAUACUAACAAACUUGCUAAGGACAUUAUUGGAAUCUUGAAGACUUACGACUCUGACGUUCUGGUAUGGCCCGUAAAUGUUCACGCCAUACGACAAGCCGCCAAGUACAUGAAGGAUGACUCCGACGACAUGAGAGAAUUGGGUGAUCUUAUCAAUAAGGUACUUGCAGUGUGCCAUUUGCAGUACAAAAAGUCGUGA